ACGGCUCAACAUGACAAGAAACUGAAACACAGUCUGACUUGCAAAGCAAGCCUAACCAGGAGCUCUCUCCAGCUUAUUUCCUGUACUUGGAGGCCAUCUUGAGUUGACGGACUUACUGCUAUAGGUGUUUGUUUGCUUAUCUCAUUUGUUACAGUUUCUUUUUUGUCUCCAGUGUGUUUCCUCGAAGUUUGGACGUUUUCCUCUUCAAAGUUGCUUUGGAGUAGUGAGGGAACAGGAAGCAGCAAGAGGAGGAGGAGGAGGAGGAGAGGACGUUUAGUUUCAAAGCUAAACUUUAUCUGUAUUUCUCACUUGCUCCUUCUCUGGAAUGAAAGCUGUAUAGAGGAGCUUUCCGUGAAAGGAAGGGCGAGAAGAAAGAAGAGCCACUUCCUGGAAAGGGAUCAGUUGUUUUUAAGCUCUAGUAGACAGGGGACACACAGCAAGGACGGCCACUCUUGAUGAGUGAGUGACUGCUGGUGUGUGUAGGUGAGUUUGCUGCCUCACACUACCCAGUCUUAUCUCUUGACUGUCUAAGACUCUUCGGCAUGGCCAACGUCAGUCCCUUCAUGUCUCCAGGACCUAUGUCCCAGGUCUUCUUCCCCCCGGGGGGUCCAUCUCCACCUGGGUCAGUGGUGAUGCAGCAGGGGACACUGGUUUCUAUCCAUAACUCUCAAACCCCAGGGAUUCCUACAGUGGACAUGGGGGUUGCACCGGGUCCCGGGGGGGCAUCUGGAAUAACGUCUGGGCCUCCGGCACCAGCCGGUGUCUCCUUCAUGAUACAGAUUGGGCUUACUAGAGAAUCUGUGCUUCUACCCCAGACUGCAGACCUGGCCUACAUCAAACAAAUUUCUUGCUCAAUUGUGGAUCAGAAGUUUCCUGAAUGUGGCUUUUAUGGGAUCUAUGACAAGAUCCUCCUCUUCAAGCAUGACACCAGCAGCAAUAACAUCCUGCAGCUGGUCAAGGCUGUGUCGGACAUCCAGGAGGGGGACCUGGUGGAAGUUGUUUUGUCCGCUGCUGCUACAUCCGAGGACUUCCAGAUUCGUCCUCACGCUUUAAACGUGCACUCGUAUCGUGCACCGGCGUUCUGCGAUCACUGCGGCGAGAUGCUUUUCGGCCUGGUGCGUCAAGGACUCAAAUGCGAUGGUUGUGGACUGAAUUACCACAAGCGCUGUGCUUUCAGCAUUCCCAAUAACUGCAGCGGGGCGAGGAAGCGGCGGCUGUCCACCACGUCCCUCACCAGCAGUCAGUCUCUGCGUCUGUCCACCGCAGAGUCCCUCAGUAGUCUCAACAGCAGCGUGACGUCUGAAGAAGCCAGUCUCAUCCGAUCACACACCCAGAUGCCCCGCACCCCCAGUGAGGCCAGGCGCUUUUACACCGGGCGGCCCGUCCACCUGGACAAGAUCCUCAUGACUAAAGUGAAGGUCCCGCACACAUUCGCCGUUCACUCGUACACGCGUCCCACCGUGUGUCAGUACUGCAAGAGACUGCUGAGAGGACUCUUCCGCCAGGGACUCCAGUGCAAAGACUGCAAGUUCAACUGCCACAAGCGAUGUGCAUACAAGGUCCCAAAUGACUGCUUAGGGGAGACUCUCGACAUAUUAAGUCCAAGCACAGACAUGGAGGUGCCGAUGGACUACAGUAAUGAGUAUUCUGACACUGAUAAGUCAUCUCUGAUGGACGACUCAGAUGAGGCCUGCAGUAUCCCCGGGUCUUUCUCCCCAGACAGCAACCAGCAUGGAGCCAGCGGAGACCAGAGUGCUAAUAUUCCUCUGAUGAGAGUAGUGCAGUCGAUCAGGCAGACCACACGUCGCUCUAGCACAGCCAUCAAGGAAGGCUGGAUGGUGCACUACAGCAACAAGGACACACUGAGGAAGAAACACUACUGGCGCCUGGACUGCAAAUGCAUCAUCCUGUUUCAAAACGACACCACCAACAAAUACUACAAGGAGAUCCCGCUCUCAGAAAUCCUUGAGGUCCGCCUGGCAGGUGAUUUCUCUCUCGUCCCUCCUGGCAAGAGCCCCCACUGCUUUGAGAUCAUGACGGGUACCAUGAUCUACUUUGUUGGUGAAGACCCCAACACCACCCCGUCCCCAUCAUCCAGUGUGUCUGGUCUGCCCAUCUCCACCAGCCCCAGCAGUGUUGCGCCCAAUAGUGGGGUGGGACGAGAGUUUGCCAAAGGAUGGGAGACUGCUAUACGUCAAGCCCUCAUGCCAGUCAUCUUCCAAGACAACCCUCCAGCCGAAGGUCAUACUCCUCACCGGCAGGCAUCAGUCAGCAUCUCAGUGUCUAACAGUCAGAUUCAGGAGAACGUGGACAUUGGAAUGGUGUACCAAAUCUUUGCUGAUGAGGUUCUGGGCUCUGGACAAUUUGGUGUGGUAUAUGGAGGAAAACACAGGAAAACUGGCCGGGAUGUAGCCGUGAAGGUGAUCGACAAGCUUCGGUUCCCCACCAAGCAGGAGAGCCAGCUGAGGAAUGAAGUAGCCAUAUUGCAGAGCCUGCGACACUUGGGUAUAGUGAAUCUCGAAUGCAUGUUUGAGACACCGGAGAAGGUGUUUGUGGUGAUGGAGAAACUCCAUGGUGACAUGCUCGAGAUGAUCCUGUCGAGUGAGAAAGGACGACUUCCUGAGAGACUCACCAAGUUCCUCAUCACGCAGAUUUUGGCUGCUCUGAGGAACCUUCACUUCAAAAACAUAGUGCACUGUGACCUCAAGCCUGAGAAUGUGCUGUUAGCAUCAGCGGAUCCUUUCCCACAGGUGAAACUUUGUGACUUUGGUUUUGCUCGCAUCAUCGGAGAGAAGUCUUUCCGCCGUUCGGUCGUUGGCACGCCGGCUUAUUUGGCCCCCGAGGUCCUGCUGAACCAGGGUUACAAUCGCUCUCUGGACAUGUGGUCUGUAGGUGUGAUUAUGUAUGUCAGUCUGAGUGGAACUUUCCCCUUCAACGAGGACGAAGACAUCAAUGAUCAGAUCCACAAUGCCGCCUUCAUGUACCCACCCAACCCAUGGAAACAGAUCUCUCCUGAAGCUAUCGACCUCAUCAAUAACCUGCUCCAAGUGAAGAUGAGAAAACGCUACAGUGUGGACAAGAGUCUCAGCCAUACCUAUCUACAGGUAAUGCCAAUAUCAGGCUCAUGCUAUUAA